AUGAAUUUUGUGAAGAAGUGUAAGAGGGUAUUGGGAAGCAGCAAGAGAUUGUGUGAUCCACAAGACAGUACUUGCAGUGGCUGCAGCUAUGGCAAAUUAUCAAAGAAGUGCCACAAAAAGCAAAAAGACAGUCAUAAGAAACCGCCAAAUGGUUGUCUUUGUGUCUAUGUUGGACCUGAGAGACAAAGAUUCAUAAUCAAGAUCAAAAUAUUCAAUCAUCCUUUGUUCAAAAUUCUUUUAGAGGAUGUUGAGAGUGAAUAUGGUUAUAGAAAUGAUGGUCCUUUGUGGCUUCCUUGUGAUGUUGACAUGUUCUGUGAAGCACUUGUGGAGAUAGAGGGUCACAAACAUAGCGCAGUUUCACAAUAUUCUCCAUUGUCUUGUCGUUCUAACUUGAGUUCAUGUGAUGAUAAUUACGAGGUUUUGGUAUGA